GAGGGAAUCCAUGUGACAAGGAUUGCGGCAGCUGGGUGGCACAGCGCUGCGCUGACAGGUUACAUAAACCUAUUUAUUCACUAAUUCACAAUGUUCAAUAUAGACAAUAUUUAGGUGAUGGUGACGUUUAUGUGUGGGGCUGGAAUCAUCGCGGACAGCUUGGCGAUGAGAAGGAGAAAGUCGAACUUUACCCAUUACCUUUGGAUAUUGACCUCAGAGUUGUAAAAAUCGAACUGAAGGAACAUUUGACAGCACUUUGGGUGCCAGAAGAUGGAGAUGAGCCUUCUAUCGUUAUGGGAUCCGAGGAAGUGGGAAUGCCGCCGUUUCGAUUACGGUACUACAAUCAAGAACCUGACAAGAAAACUGAAGAGAUGUUGGCUUCGGAUGCCCAAGUAGAUAUGGUGUUUAUCAAUAAGGGGGAAGAAAAGGCUUCCCAAGAGGGUUAUGGAGAGUUUGAGUAUCCUGUCAGAGAC